AUGGUCAGCAAGGUGGACCACACGAGUACUACAAGGAAGAAGGGGGUGCCCGAGACUGGCAGUGACGAAAGAAAUAGCGGCGGAAAUGCUUCUGGCAGUCAUACGCUCAAGAAAAAACCGAGAUCGUUGGGAUCGUUUCCUUGUCCUGAUUGCGACAAAGUGUUUACUAGGAGUGACCAUUUGUCUAGGCACCAUUUGAACCAUGCCCCAAAGGAGGUGUUUGAGUGUGACUUUCUCAUGGAAGAAAUAGAUCGAACGAAACGUAGAUGUGGCAGAACGUUUGUAAGAAAAGAUUUAAUGGAGAGGCAUUACAAGAGACACUCCGAAGUCUACUCUGGCAUGACCAAAAGAAGACGGACCAGGGAAGUCCAGACUUCACCAAAUUUUCCACAAGAUAAUCCGAAACAAAAUAGUCAGCAGAGAUCUGUAAAAGUACUGCAACUGCCGCAGCAGUUGCAACAGCAGCACCUACCCCCAUCUCAGGCGCAAGUAGACUCCUUGGCGGCGCAAUCCGACCCUACUCAACUCCAGCAUGCACAACGUUCCAUACCAUUGGAACCCUUUUCAUACUCACCAAAUGUCCCGGUUAAUAAUGUAUUCAACCAACACUCCGCUGGGAAUCUGAACCCUAUCGUGCUGAAUCUGGAUUAUAGUAUGUUCAACCCUGGUUUACCACCCUCUCAGAAUGAUAUUUUGUCUUGGUUGUUCACAGACUCCCCGCCUAACCCUACGAGCCAGCAACAAAGGAGCCUAGAACAGCAAAAACUAGUUACUCCCAGUGAAAAUACACUGAUACCGAAUUCUCAACAGAACCAAGCACAGCAGUAUCAAGCAGAACAUCCCCUCUUACAGCAAAUGCUGAACUUAGAACCAGCUCAGACUCCUACAGGUUUGAUACUGUCAUCUCUUCCUCCACCAUUGCUAGCAUCAAAUUUGAGCACACCGGCGUCGAUGAACUCAGUAGAUCAGAAAAAUAACCAAUUUCACAUUCAAAAUCAAUUUCAGAACCAGCAGCAACAGCAACAAUUUCAACAGCAGCAGCAGCAGCAGCAGCAGCAGCAGCAACAACUACAACUUCAAAUUCAACAACACCAAGUUCAACUGCAACCGCAACAGUUACAAGAACAACAACCGAUCCCCUCGACCGAAGAUCCUUCGUUAACUCCAUUCUAUAAUCCUAACCCUUCACAUUUUAACAAUGUUAAUAUUUUCUCGAAUGACAACCCACUAGAUGAGCUAUUCUUAAAAAAUUUCCCAGAAAGCAGUGGAAUGUAUGGGAAUACUGUUAAUCCAUUGUUUGGUCUGAAUUUGGUAACACCGAAUUCCAACUUCAAUUUUAUGACCUCGACUGCGUCUUCGUCAUCGCCUGCAACCACUUCGGAAUCGUUGACCCCUAGAGCAAGCAAUGGAUCGGUUAUCUCCAUAGAACACGAAAACACUAUAUAUGAAGCGAUAAUGGACCAUUCUAGAAAGGGAAAUACUGUUAAAAAUAAACUGAAGUAUGUUGAUGCACUAAUUGUGAACAGGUGUUUAUCAGCUGUGAAGUUGGAUAGAAAAGAACUUGAACUUAUAUUUGAUGACGAUCAAGCAAAUCAAAAUUCUCGUCAUAAUUAUGUCAUAACUAUUGAAGACAGGUUCUCUUACUACCUUUCACUUUAUUGGGAUAUAUUUCACACUCAGUUUUCCAUUCUUCAUAGACCUUCUUUCGACACCCAAUCUUGCUCUCCUUUACUUUUGUUAUCAAUGGCAAUAGUUGGGUGCAACUAUACAGAAUUUCAACCUGUGAAUAAAACCAGAUCUGCUGAGUUCAAGUUUAGCAAUUUAAUUGCUCAACCAUUAAGAUUUAUGAUUUUUCAAGAUGAAGACUUCAGAACUCCAAUAAAAUUGUGGAUUUUGCAGAGUUUGAAUAUCUUGGAAUGGUGUGAAAAGAAUUUCUUAACAAGAGACAUGCAUGAAAGAGCACAUAUCCACCAUGGUACCACUGCCCAGUUGCUUCGUAGGUCGCCAUUAUUAGGUGGUAACCCUGCCAAUAAACCAAAGGAGAAAAGAAGAAAUGGUGCCGGAUCUGCGACAACAAGUGCAGGGGAAGAAGAGUCUGAUUCUCAGUCAGAGGGGGUCAUUCCUAGAGCUGAUGAUACUGACUAUGACUUGUUUAUGAAAUGGGUUGAAUCUGAGCUGAUGAAGAGAAUUACAUUUAUGACUUUCUAUUCUGACACAGUAGAUUAUAUUAAGUUUAGACAUAAUCCCCAAAUUAUGUUUUACCAAUUACAACUUCUUUGCCUUCCAUGUGAUGAUGUAAAUUUGUGGGAGAGUACAGAGGUCCUGGGUUCAUUCAAGAGGGUUGUGAAAAGACAGAAAAAAUUGCAGCAACAGCAACUGCAACAGCAUCACCAUCAACAGCAUCAACCAAACGGACAUAGUACAAAAUAUGCUGGUAUUAAGUUUGGUGAAAGUUUUCUUAGUGCUCUUAAAAAGUUAAUCAAGCCUCAUAGUAGCGAUUUCCAGAUGGUUCCUAAAACAGGGUUAUCACUUUUCACUAAGAAGGUUUUAUUUGCGGGACUCCUACUGAUUAUGUAUCAAAUGCAGCAGGCUGAUAUUCAAAAUACAUCUUCAUUGCUUUCACUGACAUCGAAAAACGGGGGCCAUUCAAAUGGCUACCUUAGUUCAUCGAAUUUAUUGUGGAAAGAGAGUCUCACAAAGGCCUUUGACAAUUGGAAUAUUGAAAUUAAUGAAUCCUGUAUUAGAGAUGAAAGGAAAUAUCAAAGCCAACAACAGCAGCCUUUAAAUCGCUCGCAACUGCUGACUCCACUGCAAUUGCUGUUUAGCUAUCAACUGGCAAGUACAAUAUGCCACUUUCCCAUGUAUCAUCUCACACAGAUUAUUGGAAUGUCCGACUUGAAUCAGUAUGAUAUCGCCAUAUUUGGCGGAUCUCCUGCUAAUAUGAGUGUCGAUGCAACUAUGAAAGAUCAUGUCAUCGUCCAAGCAAAGUUGAAUAACAUGUGGUCUAAGUAUUCGCAGCAAAUUGGUAAGAAGAAGAAUGUCACUGAAAUGAUCAAUUUGAAAAGUGUAAUUCAUUCAUAUCUUUUGUUGUGGGAACUUAUGUUGAAACCACCACAAUCUAUCCUGUCUGAGGAUGGAGGAACACUGACGAGAUCUGAGAACUAUUUGGACUGGAGUGCAACUCCUGACUAUUUUGAUGCCAUGUAUGCUGUCGGUGUAGCAACUUUAACAUUGUGGAGUUUCUGCAUGACUACAAGUGGAUUGGAAUCUAACAGAUUCGAUGACAAAUUGGUUGAUAAUGAGAACUACCAUGAAUUGGUUGCUCAUUCAAAGGAAAGUGGCCAUGAUUAUUUGUACAGAAUAAGGCAAGAAUUUACUGAAAACAUUACUGAUGGAGAUUUCGUAGAGCUGUUUGGAAUACAUCCAUUUAAGUUGGCUAAAGGUAACGGCUCGUUAUCUGCGCAUGAGCUUCUCUGCAAAUACGCAGAGUUACUCCCCAGAAUCACGAGUAAGCAGAAUAUCAGUGGACUUUGUUUCUUGGUUGGGACUAAAUUGAUGUGUAGUCAGUGGGAGAUCCUUAGAGAAAAUGCUAGGUUAAUUUUGAACUGUGGUUUGAGGUCUAUUGGAAAGAAGACGAUCCUUUGCCAGAAUUUGUUUCUGAUUGAGUGGGAUUGA